AUGCGGCCAAAAUCACAAAGGCCACUAUUUUGUGUUCUCUCACGCUCCGACUACAACAGCCGUUUCCUCUCCUCUGAGCUACGUCGUCUUGAACAACUCUCCUCGAAACCACAAAAGAUGGUGAUUCCUCCACCAGUGAAGGCUCAAAGAAUCACAAACUAUCUAAAACCAUAUCUAUUAAAGAUGCACUUUUCAAACAAGUAUGUAAGUGCACAGGUGAUUCAUACACCAACUGCCACUGUGGCCUCAGCUGCCAGCUCACAGGAGAAGGCACUCCGGGAAGCUUGGAACAAAGGCCAGCAAAGCACCAGAGACGUGGCGGCUGCCGCCAAGAUAGGGAAGCUUUUAGGUGAGAGGUUGCUGCUUAAAGAUAUUCCGGCGGUUUCAGUGGUGUACAAAAAGCAGCAAAGGUAUCAUGGUAAGGUUAGGGCUGUUAUUGAUUCUUUAAGGGAAGCAGGUGUCAAAUUGCUAUAAGUUUUUGUUUUUCUUGUAAUAAAAUGGGGAAAAAGAACCAUUUUUGAAUCGUGUAUAAUGAUUUUGUUUGUUUGUUUUUUUAAAAAAAAUAGAGAAUUAGGGGUUGGUUGGUUGGUUGGUUGGUGGAGUGUUUUUUUAAUGGAUGGAAUCUGUGUGAGGAAUUGGAAUUGGAAUUGGAACCGAAUGACCCGUAAUCCUUCAUGUGGGUUGUUGUAACAUGCAAAUAAAUUACAUGCAUGGUGACCUGAGACGACUGGGUUUGUUUAAAUAAAGAAUAAAAAACGUUUGGUUUGUGCUUGUA